CUCGCUCUUGCGCCUUCUUUUUCUUGUUGUCUCUUGCUUUGUCUCUCUUGCUACGCCUUUAGUCCCUCGUGCCCUUCUUCUACAUUCUACGUCUGUGGACUCCAGGAACACAUCAGAACAUCACAUCGCACAGACAGCGGCGUCAUAUUGCAUAUUGUCCACCACAAGAGACACCAUAUCUGGAUUGGCAGAAACUGUCCGGGUUCCUAAUCCAACGCUCGGUCAUCUCAGCCCUCAUUCAGCAGUUCCUGUCACACGAAAGGCACGCGGGGCGUGGUUGGUUGACGGGCUCCCUCAAACACCAACUGUUUUAAAAGCAGGACUUUCUACUACCUGUAUCGAAAUAUCGUGUGGCUUUCUUUCCAAAGUUCGAGGCUUUAGUGAAGUUGCAACAUCUGGAAUAUCAACCUUCUGCAACUCCAGCGAUACCGAAAUACGUCAAAGCCCAUUUCAGUUCUAGUAACGAAUCUUACAAACAGCCAACUACUUCAAAAUGCGCCGGAAAGCUGUCUUUUUGGCCGCUCUUCCCGUAACGAGUGCGCUCUCACUUGCGAACUUCCAAGAGAUCACGUCGAUAUCGAUACCUCUAACUUGCCAACUUACAUACGACGGUCAAAUACCAUCAUGCACAGUAUCGGACUUUGAGAAUGGAUGCUCAUCCACAUGUCAAGAUUCGCUGGAGUUAGUUGCACAGAGUGUCAGUGGAGUGUGUUCCGAUGUCAACGUGAACCCCAACACGUUACUUGGUAUAGUCAAAAGUGGAGGAAUACUGGCGGCGUUAUGUCCAGCACCGAAGGUCACAUUGUCCACUCCAGAGUCAUCGACUCACGCUAUUCAACAGAGUAAUACAGCUGCACAUACAACUAUAUCGACAAUACCUAUAACGAAUCCAGAUGCGCAUACCACCACAGCAUCAACCCAUUCUCAGUCGACAGAGCAAUCGACGGUCAGUACUUCGUCGACUAUUGCGACUAUUGCGACCACGACUACCGAGGCCAGUACGAUUUCCCAAACAAGUACGAGUAUUGCAAGUGCGAGUAGCACAAGCACAAGCACAAGCAUCACAAGCACGAGCAUAAGUAGUGCUGCAACAACAUUGUCGACGCAAACACAAUCGGCUGGGAGUAAUAUUGAGCCAGUACCUGUCACCAGUACGACGGCCACUUCAACAAGCAGCAAGACCUCCUCGGUUACUAAGGAGACCAGUCAUUCGGAUAGCGGUGGUGGCAGUCCGUUCGAUAUCUCUAGUGGCUCGAGCCAUAUAAGUAGAAGUUUGUCAUUAUUGGUGAUGGCUGCGUGUGCCGGUGUGCUACUUGGAAGGUGAAAACAGGCUCUGACAGGAUGAAGGUAUGAUAUUGAUAAUAUCAAAAAGCAUUGGCUACUGAGCCAGCCUCCUUGGAAGGGGGUGCGGGGAACAAAGACAAGAUGUUUUAUCGCUAAGUAGAUUUGUACGAUAUGGGACUGGGAGGAUACGGGUACCGGGGG